CGAUGUUACCCUGGCAAUGAUUGUUUCCCGUCUUUGACGGAAAUUGCAAUGUUCCAGCAGUUAAUUGAUGGCUACGUUGUACUCCCGUCUAACAACACAUACAAAGAUGUUACAAACAUGCACAACAAAUUAUUUACAAGGUUUCCAGCAAUCGUUGUCAUGGUUCUAUCCACAGACGACAUUAAACAAUCAAUAUUGUUUGCAAGUAAAUACAACUUGCACGUGGUCGUGAAGUCAUCUGGCCACGAUUACAUAGGUCGAUCAAGCUGGUCAGGUAGUAUUCAGAUAAACUUGGGAUAUAUGAGAAAAAUGAAAGUAAUGUUAAGUACAUCAAGAUCUGUUGACGGAGAACUGACAGUUGAAAGUGGAGCAAACUGGCAAGAAAUUUACCAAGAAGUAGAUAAAUAUAACAGAGUUGUUGUUGGUGGCAGCUCUCAGACAGUGUCCCCUAGUGGUUACACAUUGGGCGGAGGACAUAGCAUACUGUCCCGGAUGUUGGGAUUGGCAGUUGAUCAAGUUUUGGAAAUGACAGUCAUAACAGUGAACGGAAGUAUUAUUAAGUGUACCAAUCAUACGUCAUACAUUAAUAAUCCAGAUGGCAGCUUUUCUGUGACGUCAGACACAUCACUCUUCUGGGCUCUUAGAGGUGGAGGUGGGGGAACAUUCGGUAUCGUAGCAUCGUUUACAUUCAAACUUCACAAGAUCAAGCGUCAAUAUGUCAAGGUAACGAUGACUUAUCCGUUAUCCAUUAACGGAAACUCCUCAAUUGGGCAAGAGGUAAUGCAAUUUUAUUCUAAUUUUGUUAAAGGCAUGCCUAACGAAUGGGGAGGAUAUUCCUUUCUCUCAAAUGCACAACAUGUCACUAAAACCAACGAAUCUGUGAUCGGCACUUUAGGAUUUUUGUAUUGCCACUAUGGUGGAUGGAAUGAUUCCAGUAGGAAAUAUAUGGAUUUAUGGAAUGAUUUCCAUCCUGAAUGGCGAUUAGAAUACACUGUUCGGAACAUUUCUACGUUCUGGGAAGGCUUUGGAAGCGUUAUGACUGACAGUCCCUGGAACAGAGUGUACGUCACUGGAUCGUUUAUACAGGAGGCAGGAUUAGACACAUCUUUGAAAGAUUUUAUUGUGGAAACUAUGACACGGCCAAUUAAUGACACUAUUCCGCUGUAUGCCUGUGUUGGAACACAUUUAGGAGGUAGAGUAUCCGAUUUUAGUGAUACCCCGGUCCAUCCAGGUUUCAGACAUGCCAGAUUAUGUCUUGGGUGCGUUGUGGCAAUACCUGACAUCACACGUGAGGAUUUCUAUAUUAAAAAAGGGAAAGAACUCAGUCAACGUUUGAUAUCAUACGGCAAUGGAACAUACGUUAACGAAGCUGCAGAAUACAUGUCUAAUUGGCAACAAAACUACUGGGGACCACAUUAUAGUCGGUUGUUAUCGAUAAAGAGAGAGGUUGAUCCAGAUAAUAUUUUGACAUGCCAUCAUUGUGUCGGUUCUGAACUUUGAAAAAGUUUGCAAAUUUCUUUUAAUAAAAUAAU